AGCAAUUGCAAUUGUUUGCUGCUGAUGGAUGAAGAAAGUCCAUUGACCCCACAGGGUCUCUUGAGGUGGAUUGUGUGUUCACUCUAUGUGGAUGAAGCAAUCCCGCGUGGGGCGGUUUUGCAGUGGUAUUGGCAGCUUCUCACCGGAGUGAAGUUGACACAGCAGCAGCUUGUUGCUUUGAUUGAAUCCACGCCGGGCGUUUUUUUAGACCCGCCGGGGUCCAGAAGGUUGAACUUCCGAGCAGUUUUGGAGGUUCCACCACCCAGCUUCCGCGGAUUUGUCCAAGAAGAGGAAAAUGCGAACCCCGAGGAUAUUGUUGCGCCGGAUGUUUGGGAGGAGGUUCGCCGAUGCCUCGCGAAAGGAGGAUGGCCAAAGUGUACGGAUUCUGGCGUCAGAAAUGUCUCGGUCGCAGCAUGGCUACAGGAUCAGUCCGAAAUUCUCAGUGAAAUUACCUUCGGGCGAUUGCUGCAAGUCGUUAUGAUUUCCGCCAAUAAAUCCAAACUCUUGGGCCUUCGAGAUGGUGCUUUGGUGCCCUACAAGGAAUCUGAAGAGUACGAAAGAUUUUCCAAUGCUGAAGCUGGCAAGCCCACAGGUGUCAAAUCAAACGAGUCAUUCAUCGAGACCUGGGAAGAUCUGCGAGACUGCCUUCGCAAGCUCAUCUACAUGAGCCCGAGGCAAGAGAUUGAGAUCUCCCAGGUGAAACUGCAGUGUCGUUCCAAACUGCGGAAGGAGCUGAGCGAGACCGUCUUUGGUCACCACUCCCUGUCACGGCUUUUGGAGGACGAGAGGCUGAGUGACUUCGAAAGGACGGGCGAUCCAACCACCAGGCCUUGCAUCACCUUGCGGGGGAGCAGAGUCACAGCGAAAGCUUAUGAACUCAAAUCCAAAGGAACCGCUAGCGGCGCAGGUGAAGGAGAAGAUCCCUGGACAGAUCCAUCCAAGGACCCGUGGAGUGGCGCCAAGGGCAAAGGCAAAGACGGCAAAGGUGCCAAGAAUAUGCUGGCCAAAGCGUUGCCAGCUAAUUCGGCUGGAAAAGGUGCCAAGGUCAACGAACCAGCCAAGGCACCUGCCAAAGACCCCCCUGGCAAGUCAGAUAAAGACUUCAUGGAGGCUGAGAUUCUGCUGGCCGAGGGUAAAAAGGCAACUUUGAAGAUACCUUCCAAAGAGCAACUCAUUGAAGCAGCCGAGAGGUUCUGCAAGGAGCAGGGUGUGGAGGAGCACCAAUCACAAUUAUCAGCCUGGCUAGAGAAGCAGGCCGAGAGCAAGCAAGACAAUGUCACGCUGACUGCCGUCCAUGUUUUUUGGUUCGUGACCCUGGACUUCCGCACACGUCAAAUUGGACCUUCUCGCCAACAUUCCCCGACAGUGUCGACGCGGAGGAACGUGGUUGGGGACAUGAAAAUGAUCACCGACGGAGCUUGAAAGCCGACAGCUUCGGGCCGCUGACCGGGGGGUCUACAGAGUCCGACCGGGCUCGGUGUGGUGAGACCGCUGAAAAGGGAGCCGAGAAGAUCUCACAUUCGCAUGUCUUGUUUUCUUGUGGUUUGGGC